AUGGGCACAGAGUUUGCUCAGCGGGAGCUCGGUUUGCAAGCCUCUGCAGCAUCCUCUGGGCGACGGGUUCGUUCUGUGAGAGCGUGCCGGGCGGUGGACAAGGCUGCCUUCGACCAGAUCCAGACACUCUGCGCCGUAAAGCUUCCCAGCGAUGGCGCGUAUCGCCUUCGGCAGUUGGAAGGUGUUCUUCCAGUUUGCCUUGCUGUGCGUCGGGACCAGGGUCUCAACAACGUUGUCACGGAAAAGCACGGCGCCUGUGAGCGCGGCUUUAGUCUGUUGCUGCUGGCCCCCAACAUGACGCCCGGGACCCUUCCGCCGGAGGUCCACGAGGCGGUCCAAUCCUUAAAUGGAUCUUUCACCGCAUACCAGCUACAUUGGGGCUACGAGAAUUUCAAUUACAAGGAAGUCUUGAGCCGCUUGCUUCCUGCGGAUGUGGCAGUGCCCAUGGGCCAUGAGAUUGUUGGCCACGUUGCUCAUUUCAACCUCCUGCCAGAGCACUGGCCGCAUCGCCAUCUCAUCGGCCAGGCCAACGUGCUGCUGGACAAGUGCAAGAGUGUGCGGACAGCCGUUGCGAAACGUGGGUUUGUCCAAGACGAAUACCGGACUUUUGACAUGGAGGUGAUCGCCGGGGAAGAAGACACUGUAGUCGAGCUGAAAGAAUUCGGCCUCAAGCUCCAGUUCGACUUCCGGAAGGUCUACUGGAACUCGCGCUUGGCGAGUGAGCGCGGGCUCGUAGCUGCGGAGUGUGGAGACAGCGAGGCCUUCAUCGACUUGGCUGGUGGUGUUGGGGCUUUAGCCCUUCUUUGUGCAAGGAAGGGUUGUCACGUGGUGAUCAAUGACCUGAAUCCAGAAGCAGCGGCAGCUGCGAAGGAGAACGCUCGCAGGAAUCGAUUGAACGUGGAGGUCUUGCAGAUGGAUGCGAAGCUUGUGCUCCAUAGCGUCCUCAGUGGAAACUUGCAGAAAUUCGGCCUCAGCAUGCCCGAGGUGCAGACUACUCGUUUGUCAUUCAAUCUGCCAGAAAUGGCGUUAGAGAUUCUUUGUGGAGAGCUCCAGCCUCUUCGAGACUACAUUGACCCGGGAGUUGCUGAACACCCUUCGAAGGACGGCUUGCGCAGGUUUCGCGUUCACUGCUACACUUUCGACUACUCAGAAGAGGCUGUAGGCACGCGCCUAGACCGCCUCCUGGGUUUCGUGCCAGAAGCGACAAAGAUUCGCAAAGUGCGGCUGGUGGCGCCGAGCAAGAUUAUGUACUGUGUUGAGUUUGCUUUUUCGCUGCCCGUGCAGAAGUCUUGGAAGAAUACCUUCCCAGACGAUGGUAGCACUGGGCGAAUUCCUCAAGAAUCAAAGCAUGUGCUCCGCACACGAGGCCACCGCAGCCUAGAAAGAGUGCCACUUAUUGGGUUCAACUGUUACGCUGGCCUGGUGUAUGUGAUUGUGGCGACUAGGAGCUGGCGGAACUUCGAGCAUCUGUUGACCUGGCUCCUUGGCUAA